AAAUAGCAGCCAAACUUAAAUGCUGGUCGAGCGAGGAAUAUGAAUGUUGAAAUGGCAGCGAAGGUAUGGCUGGAGGAGAUCAGAAGUCACUUGCUCAGCACCUUGGCGCUGCAGGGAUCCUCUCGCUCCUCGCCAGGGCAGGGAGACCUGGGCUGCAACUACGGGAACGUCUCAUUCUCUCCGGAGUCGAGGAUUUUUAAACCUUUGGAGUUACCUGAAGGUGCCUUUGGUGCUUUGGAGGAAUUGCCUGGUGUCUGUGGAAGAAUAACAGAUACGCCGAUGACUUUGGGGUUAACUGCCAAACAGAUAUACCAGUUGCUUUAAAUUUAAUCUAAAAAUGGGAAAACUGGAGAGGCACAACUUUUUUUUUUUUUUUCCUUUUUCCUGGCAAUACUAACCUGCUGUUUCCCAGGGAAAUGGGAAAGCGUUAUAAAUGAAUGUUCCAAAAUACCGAAGGCUCCAUGAGAAAUUUUCCAGGGCAAAUCAUCAGUAGUUGGUUCCUGGGAGGCUCUGGGACGUUUGGAAGUGGUUUGGAGAGAGCAGAGCGCGUGUCCCAUGGACGCCGAGGCGCAGCCGGCGUGCGUGGUGCCCCAGGCUCCCUGCCCAGCCAUGAAGUGCUCUCCUCCCGAGGACUUUCCUCCCCAGGUGAGGCUGGCUGAGAAGAUCCCCCCGGUGAAGCCUUGCUUCAAGAAGAAGCAGCAAGUGCAGAAGAGACUGGACACACAAACUCUGCGGGCUCUGCGGCCCAUCUUCACCAGCCUGCUGGGAGCUGGGGCCUUGGACAGGGUCUUUGUGCCCCGAGGCCAGCGGGGUGGCCACGGGGAUUUAUGUGAACCUGCUGUGAAAAAGACUCUGGACCUCGGUACCUCUUGCCCUCAGACAGAAAAUAAUGUGACUGUGCUGAUGCCAGCAGCUCCAGAUGUGCAGGGUCAGCUGCCAGGAGCCCGUCCUUCCCCCGGGCAUCCUGAGCAGGACGUGCAGUCAGGAGAGCAAGGUUUCUCCCCAGAAACUCCUGGAACUGCUGCUGAUAAUGGUAAUGAAUCAUUCCAGGAUCAUCCUUUGCACCCAAGUGCUGGUGAUGGUGCAGCUUGUCCUUUGUUCCCUGACAAGGUUCUGGAAAGCUACACAUCUGGCUUCCUCCAGGAGAACAGCUGUCCAAUGCAAUACAACUUGACCCCAAGCAAUAAAUUCAGUGCUGGGAUAUUCCAGGACAAAAGUGAAGAGGCUUCCCUUGACCUGGUGUUUGAGCUGUUGAACCAGCUGCAGUAUCACACCCACCAGGAGGACGGGAUUGAAAUCUGUGUGGAUUUUCUCCAGGGCACUUGUGUUUAUGGCAGUGAUUGUCCCAAGCAUCACACGGUGCUGCCCUAUCACUGGCAGGUGAGGAGGACAGCAACCCAGAGGUGGCAAAGUGUGACCAACGACUCCCAGGAGCACCUGGAGAGGCUUUACUGCAACCCUGACAAUGACAAGAUCAAAGUCAAGUAUCGGGGCCAGGAGUGCUGGGUGGAUCUGAACCUUAUGAAGUUUUAUGAAAGCGCAGAGUUCGACCAAAUGCGGCGCCUGUCCACAGCGUCCUGCCCCAGCUCCAGCUCCAACUGCUACACGGUGUGGAAGUACUUCUGCAGGGACCACUUUGGCUGGAGAGAGUACUCCGAGCCCGUGGUGAGGCUGAUUGAGGAGGCGAGCUGCCGCGGGCUGCGCGAGGUGCGCUUCAUCACCUGGCACAACCAGUACAUCCUCAACAUCAAGGAUGGCUUCCAGCAGAACUCCUGCUUCCGCAGGGAGAUCAAGAGGAGGCCCCUGCUGCGCUCCUGCCUGCUGCUCAUGCCCUUCCUGCAGACCCUGGGUGGCAGCUCUGCCCUGCCCUCGCCGUGCUCCAACCCUGCUGCUGCACACGACCUGUCCCCAGCUGCUGUCACCUGUCCCAGCUUCUACCCCGAGACCUGGAUUGGAAUGGAUCCAGCUCAGGACUUCAUCCAAGUGCCUGUUCUGAAGGAAGACAAAAGCUACAGAACCAUUUACAACCUGUUCCACAAGACUGUGCCAGAGACCAAAUACAGGAUUUUGAAAAUCCUGCGAGUGCAGAACCAGUUCCUUUGGGAGAAAUAUAAAAGGAAAAAGGAGUACAUGUCCAAGAAGAUGUCAGGGCUGGACAGGAUCAUGAACGAGCGGCACCUGUUCCACGGCACGUCGCAGGACGUGGUGGACGGGAUCUGCAAGCACAACUUCGACCCGCGGGUGUGCGGCAAGCACGCCACCAUGUUCGGCCAGGGCAGCUACUUUGCCAGGAAGGCCAGCUACUCGCACAACUUCUCCAAGCGCUCCCCCAAGGGCGUGCACUUCAUGUUCCUGGCCAAGGUGCUCACGGGCAGGUACACGGUGGGCAACCACACCAUGAGGCGGCCGCCGCCCGUGGAGCCCGGCAGCAUCACCAGCGACCUGUACGACUCCUGCGUGGACAAUUUCUUCGAGCCGCAGAUCUUUGUCAUCUUCAACGACGACCAGAGCUACCCCUACUUCAUCAUCCAGUACGAGGAGGUCAGCAGCACCGUGCACAUCUGACAGCCUGUGCUGCUCCCUGCCCCAAACCUCUCCGUUUGUGUGGGGAGGUAAAACCUGGACACUUCCCAACUGGUGGAAUGACUUGGAAGGAAGGUCACUGAGGUGACCAACUGUGCACUUGCUGGUUGAUUCCCUAUGUGGAAAUUGUACAUAUUUUUCCAUUGUUUAUAGUUGAAAAUCUGUGCCUUUUGUUAUAAAACACUGUUUAUUUAUGUUAGUAAAUAUUCAUGUUUCAGAA